AUGAACGCUACGAGGAACACAGCAAUAACGGCGGAAGAGGCAGCGUCUUGUCUUCAAGAUGUUAUUCGCCGAGGAGAGAAACUUCUAAUUCGAUCCGGCGGCCAUGAUGUCAACGGCUACUCUGCAGCAGACGAUGCUGUCAUAAUUGAUUUGCGCUAUCUCGAUUCCGUCGAUAUCAGCGAUGACAUACCCAAGUCAAGGUUGGCCCUGCAGUAA